AGGCUGGAGUAAACUGAUUGCAACACACUUCUCUGGCUCUCGUCCUUCGCUCCAGCAUCAGCAGCAGGUCUCUCGGCCUCUGGACUGACUUCUGCACAACUUGAAUCUGUCCGCUGCGGUGGUCGUGGUUUACCGAGGGGACAUGGAGACGUGACAUUGAGGAAAACGUGAGCAGGCCGGGAGGGAUCCCGGAGCUUUCCUGACCGCAGCUGACGACCUGCGGUCCGGCUAGCUGCUGCUGCGUGGAGCCGGACAUCCCUUCACCUUGUGUCAGACCAGCAGGGACCAUGUGGUGGAGGACUACAACGGUCUGAAAUCGUGUCUAAUGAGUUUUUGAAGGGUUUCGUGUCAGUGGAAACGGAGCUAACUGAGCCUGGGCAGCUGGAGCAUUGUGUUAGCUAGCAGUGCUAACUCCGCGGUGCGAGUGGCUGCCUCCGCGGGCUGGCAGCGGCUUCUGUGUGGACAGUGUAGCCGCUCGCCGGUGCCCUGAAUCCAGGAAGAGUCCCCGGCUCCGGCCCCCUCAAUCGGGCAGUCAGGAAGAAGCUGGCUGGGAAGGGAUGGCCUGGUCGGUCUUCCCGAACCAAAGGACACGGUUCUGCGGUGUUUGAAGGAGGUCGAGUUCGGCUAGAGGCCACCUCCGCGGGUCGAGGCGCUAUGAUGGCCGCCUCGUCCUCCCCGGCCGGCGGCUUCCCGGGCUCCGGGCUGCCGGUCAGAAAGAGCGAGGAAAUAGCGGAUUUGAUAGAUUUGUUUUCCAAGACGCAGUACAGAGCGAAGGAAGUCACUCCUCGGGUAGAGGUGAUAGAGAGGCGUUGUCUGGAGUUAUUUGCCAGAGAUUACAAGUACAGUAUCAUCCAUAACGCCAAUGGUGAAGUGUGCGGACAUUACCCCCGACAGAUAGUUUUCCUGGAGUACGAAUCCACAGAUGUCGAGAGCAACAGGUUUGAGAGCACAUUGCAGAUCAGUAAGCUGCAAGACCUAGUGAACCGGAGUAAGCUGGCCCGCUGCAGAGGAAGGUUUGUCUGCCCCGUCAUCCUCUACAACGGCAAGCAUAUUUGCCGGUCGUCCACUCUGGCAGGCUGGGGGGAGUUGUAUGGACGCACAGGCUACAACUACAUCUUCUCUGGGGGCAGUGAUGACACGUGGACAGAGUCCGAAGAGGUUCCAGAGGAUGACAGUGCCGUCAGGAACGGUGACUCGCAGCUCUUUGACAAGGUCCGAGGCCACGACAUUAAGCUGCUCCGUUACCUCUCGAUUCGUUACAUCUGUGACUUGAUGGUGGAGAACAAGAAGGUUAAGUUUGGCCUAAAUGUGACCUCAUCUGAGAAGGCAGACAAGGCUCAACGCUAUGCAGACUUCGCCUUGCUCUCUGUGCCUUAUCCAGGGUGUGAGUUUUUUAAGGACUACAAAGACAGAGACUAUACAGCCGAAGGUCUGGUGUUCAACUGGAAUCAGGACUAUGUGGAUGCUCCUUUGACAAUCCCUGUGUGCUUUACUCAGAACUUGAAUAUUGACUGGACUCAAUACCAGUCGUGGGACCUGGUGGAGCAGACCCAGAACUACCUGAAGCUGCUGCUCCACUUCAUCAACAAUGAUGAUCAGAGCGGCCUCCUGGUGCACUGUAUAUCAGGCUGGGACAGGACUCCUCUGUUUGUGUCCCUUCUCAGGCUCUCCCUGUGGGCAGACGGUGCGGCGCAUGCCAGCCUGGAGCCAGCUGAGAUCCUGUAUUUGACCAUCAGUUACGACUGGUUCCUCUUCGGUCACAUGCUGCCAGAUCGACUCUCCAAGGGGGAGGAGAUUUUCUUCUUUUGCUUCAAUUUUUUGAAGCACAUUGUCUCAGAGAAGUUCUCCGCUGUUAAGAAACAGAGAAGGAAGAACUCUCACUUCAAAGACAGUGAUUUCACUGUGGAGGAUAUCUGCCAGUUAAAGACGAAGGAUCGUGGCAGUGUGACCAGUCUCAGCAGUGAGUUCUCCCUCAUUACUGAGGAGGUGAGCGGCAGCGUAAACAACGACACUGUGGACCUGUUCUCCAGCCAGCCCCAGGCCUCCAACUGGAGAAAAGGCCCCACCUCCUCUCCUCAGAUGGUUGUUUGGAAUAAGCAGCACCCUCUGGAGGAGCACCUCUCUCAUCCGCUUAAUGAGGCCAGGUCUUCCAGCUCCUCCUCUUCCAACCAAUCAGAUCAUGCUGUCACGCGAACCGGCAGCAGCCCAUUGGCUGUCCCAGGGAGAAGCAGGUUAGCAGCAGAGUACACUCGGUCAGGUUCGUCGCUCUCUACAGAGUAUGGCAGUUGGCAGAUAGUUUCUGGUUGUGGAAGCAUCCACGACCACGCUCCCUUCCCUCCGCAGCUGGCCUCCACGUCCUCCACCUCGUCAGCCACAGCUGCUACCUAUGACUCCCCUCUGCCCUUCAGUUUUAGAGAUGACGGAGCCAGUGGGAGAAUGUUUCCCCUCCCCUCGGAGCGCCAGGCCCGUCUGGAGGCAGUGCGGGAAGUCUUCCUGGCAGCCUACAGCUCCACAGUGGGCCUCAAGUCUUCAGUGCAGAGCCCCUCUGGCGCCAUCUCCGGCCUGCUGGAGCAGUUUGCCCGUGGGGUCGGCCUCCGAGGCACCAACGCCAUCGUCUGAACCCUCUCAAUGUGACUUCAGACCCUCCUCCUGCUCCUUCCAUCCACAUGUCUGGACUCCGUACAAUAAAGUGCCAAAUAUCUCUGUUCAAUUCAGGGGUGACACAUACAUAUUUUUUUUUUUAAUCUUCUUUGAUUGUCCAUGACCUGGAUUUAAUUGUUGUCUGUGCUGCUCCAGCUUUUCUCUGGAUUUUUAAUCUUCCAUUUUGACUUAAUCUGUCACAUUCAGGAAGGGACAUGUUUUCAGCCAUUGUAUCAAAAAGGGAUAGUUGGAGGGCUUUGUAGCUGUUGAAAUGUAACUGGCUGAAAACGUGGGGUUGGUAACAGAUUCUUCCUUCCUCUGUUCUUUCCUUAUUUUUAAUCCCUGAUGAGUCCUUGCAGUGACAGUGCAGCUGUCCCAUGUAGAGGAAGCAAUAUGGUUUUAUUUGUCUUUUUUUGGGCUGCUAUUCUUUACAGAUCCAAGCGCAGGAAGGUUCUUUAGGUCAGGUGGAUUUGCAACGUGAGAUAAACACAGCACUUGAUUUGUUCUAACAUGAAAUGGCACCGAGCUGCUUCUUGGCUGAUAAUUUGACAAAGAAUCAGUUUAAGAUAUUACAGCAUUGGGUCAAGAGGAUGGAUCAGACUUUUUUUUUAGUCAGUGUUGGUUUAUAAUGCAAUAUUUAUAUACAAUAUGUACACUAAGAGUUGUUGGUCACUUUAACUAUUACUCUCAGUCCAUGAAGAGAUCUUUUACCAGUGCGACUAAACUGUAGGAAAUGGAGGCUGAAUUCCCCGGUUCUUUUUCUUUGCAAAUGUCCAUUUAAAAAUAGAGCUCAAGUGGAUAGGUUCACUGCUGGGGUGUUGCCCUGAUCUUACAUAAUGUCAUUGUGGUACAAGGUUUAAAGGGCUCACUAUGUAGGUAAUUUGUGUCAUCUGAUCACAUCUGAAAGCAAACGUUUAUAUGGACAUUUAGAGUCGUUCUAAAUAGCUACACUUGAGAGUUGGAUGAACAGCCUACUGUUGCAGAGUGACGAGGAACAAUGAAUUGUAAAAACCAGGAUGUUACAUUAUGUCAUACAUGAGAAAAGUGAUGGAAGUAGUAAAGAAUGGAAAAGGACAGCUUGAGAGAAAAUCUUGCAUUUUGGACAGUCGGUUUUGGAAAGUUAUACAAUUUGACGUCAAUUUAGUUGUGCUACAGAAUGAUCUCUUCAUAGCCAGGAUCGACGGGGAGAAUGAUUAGUGACCAGUUACUGUUGAGAUGUACAUAUACGAAGAAAAAAAAAUCUGAUCCUCUCUAAGUUUUAUGUCUAUUUAUAAAUUUGGAUUUGGAUGUUCAGGGAAAAUGGAUUCACAUUGCACAAAUUUCAAAAACCAUAACCAAGGAGAUGAAGUGCUGAACGUAUCAUUUCGCCAGUUUAUCAUCUCCAUGUCCACUAAUCUGUUCUGUUCUUCAGUAGCACUGACAGGGUAGCAGGACAUGUGCGGAGCCUUGUGCUAGUAAAUCUCUUUUUGCUCUCUCUCUUGUUGGACUCCGGUGAAGCGAGGUUCACUUCAAAUUUCUGCCCAGCCAUUCUCACACUUGCAUGUUGUUCAGAAACAUGUGCUCCUUCUUCCAGGUUACACUCGGACACACAUUUCUGAGCGCCAUACUCUUUGGUAUGUCCACACUUUUAGGUGAUUUUCUUUGAAGAAAUCUGUUGAGAGAGAUUUUAUUUGAAACUAUGGUUUUGACGGCUGCUGUACCUCAGGACUGUUGUGCCUUUGUUAACCUUGGUGACAAUGGAUCAGACCUCUGCUUUAUCUGGUCUAGUUUCAGGUCUACUUUCUGUUUCUUAAUCGGUUUUACGGACUUAAUGGGGCUUGCUGCUGAUCGUCAACUGUUUUGACUAGAGCAUCGCAGCGUUAGCUUUGUGUUGUUCACUCUCUCUGUAGCAAGAUAAGUCUUUGUUGUCGUACAGUAACACAAAGCUGUUGAGUCUUAUAAAGAGUCUUGAUGAAGUUGACGUGGGGUGAUUUCAAUCAAAGGACUGAUCCAUCAUUCGCCCCCAGAAGCUUGAAACACAAAUACGUUUUCAUUAUCUGCAUUUGAAAAUGACUGUAGCCAGAGAAGAUUUUAUGAUUUAAGGUCUAAUUAGGGCAGUAAUUUUGGGAAAUAUAUUUCUUGUUUUUAUCACUGAGUUAAAAAGAUUGACACCAUUGUCAUGUGUGUUUGGGACAGAGUGAGAACCAGGAUGUGUUUAGCUUGCAUUGGUAUAAUAGUGAAUUCGCUAGUGUAGCUCAUGUUAAAACUGUAAAAUACACACAGCAACACCUCAGAGGCUCAUUGGUUAACAUGAUGUAUCUAGUUUGUUGAAAACAGAAAUGAAGACUGAGGCAUUUAAAUGUAUAAGGGACGUGAAGUGGUGUCACUACUCAACACUUAACUUUGAGUUUAACAAACAAGAUACAUGUCGAUCAGUUGAGUCCGUUUCAGAUGUGGUGUAUUUUGGUCUGGUCUGUAACAGCGGAGUCAGCUUGAGUGAGAGAGUUAGUUUCACCAUUGAACAAGCUUGAGACAACCUAUUGGUACCAGUCACUGUUACGUCAUUAUGAAGUCUGACUCUUUUCUUUUGGCAGCUCCAAUACUUUCACCUAUGGCAACAGUACAAGAACUACAUGCCUGUCGAAGGAAUGCGCACAGCUGAAACAGAAGCUUGUGUAAACUCGGCAGGAGAGACACUCAGCGGUGCAGUAUGAUUUAGUUACUGAGCUAUGAUCAAAACGCUGACUUUAUGACCAUAUAUCAAACAAAAGGAAUAGACAGUCAAAUAAUUAAUUUUGCAUCCCCAUACAGUUAAGCCAUACACUAGUCAGUCAGACUGUACUUAACGCACAGACAUGAGAGUUGAUCUUCGCAUCUCACUUUUAGAAAGAGCAUAUUUCCCAAAAUGUACUUCCUGUGGUAGACUAGGCCAAAGUCUGCUUUCUUUAUAACACGUAACACAUUUGUUUGAACUGUUUUUAAAUCAUGUGAGUUUCCAUAAUUUUUUUCUGACCCAGUAAAACAUUCAUCAACAUGUUCAGUUCUAAUCAGGACUGUCAAAAUGGUUUUAUUUCAGUAACUCCAGAUGAGCUGACAGAAGACCAGUCUGUCCAGCUUUGAAGCCACGUCUCCCUGUCGGGUUUUACACUUUCUUUUUGAGACAUCUUUCCUGAACACUUCAGAUUCAGUCAGUAUUUCAUAUCAUCUUAUAUUCAUUUUGUCUUCAUCAUGUGCUCCUGUAGCUGCCAGCCACUGGACACCUGCGGAAAAACCUUUUCAUUUUCAAACUGCUGCAAAUGUUUGUUUAAAGAUAAAAAUGUUUUAAUCCUGAAUUACUUAUCAUAAAAUGUUCUCUUUGUUUGGACUCUUUCACUCACUGGAUUUGCAUGACAUGCUCAAAGUUGAUCUCGGUUAUGAAUUAUAAUGAUUUUAUUUGUUUUACAAAGUGCUUUUUAUUUCAGAAACUUAUAUUGAAAUGCUGCAUUGCACUCGUCCUGAUGUUUUCUGUGUAAAGAGUUUUCUUUGUACUAUUGAUGCAUUUCUAAUUGUUUUUUUUGUCAUGAAUUUUGCUUAAUUAUUGGCAGGCGACGGGCUUUGAUGAAAGAUGAACUGAGCAGCCGGUGGCAGUUGUGAAUAAAGAAAAAAAUGAAUGACA